AUGGGGCUCUCCUGGAAGGAGAGAGUUUUUAUGGCCCUACUGGGGGCUGCAACAAUCUCAGGCCUCACCGUGCUCAUCCUUAUCCUGGUACAGGCAACCUACGUCCUCCUGCCUGCAGACAACAAGUUUGGGAUCGUGUUCGACGCUGGCUCCUCCCACACAUCCCUGUUUGUGUACCAGUGGCCGGCAGACAAAGAGAACAACACAGGCGUGGUCAGCCAGGCCCUGGCCUGCCAGGUGGAAGGGUCUGGAAUUUCUUCCUACACCUCUGACCCGGCACAGGCUGGUGAGAGCCUGAAGGGCUGCUUGAAGGAGGCACUGGCGCUGAUCCCAAAGGCCCAGCAUCAGGAAACACCUACGUUCCUAGGAGCCACAGCCGGCAUGAGACUACUCAGCCAGAAGAACAGCUCUCAGGCAAGGGACAUCCUUGCUGCUGUCUCCCGGGUGCUGGGCCAGUCUACUUUGGAUUUUUGGGGUGCUGAGAUCCUGGCUGGGAAGGAUGAAGGGGCCUUUGCUUGGGUCACCAUCAAUUAUAUCCUGGGAAUGCUGAUCAAGUAUUCCUCUGGAGAGUGGAUCCAGCCUGCAGAGGGGACGCUGGUAGGCGCCUUGGACAUGGGGGGGGCCUCCACCCAGAUCAGCUUCGUGCCCGGGGUCCCCAUCCUGGACCAGAGCACCCAGGUCACCUUCCGUCUGUACGGCGCCAACUACAGCGUCUACACUCACAGCUAUCUCUGCUACGGGCGGGACCAGGUGCUGAACAGGCUCCUGGUUGGGCUGGUGCAGGUAAGGCUGAGAAGCCCCCAAGCCCUGGUCCAUCACCCGUGCUACCACAGUGGCUACCAGACCACAGUGCCCCUGGCUUCCCUGUAUGAGUCGCCCUGCAUCCACACCAUGGUCCCCAUGAACCUCACUCAGAACCUCACAGUUCUGGGGACAGGCAAUCCUGAGGCCUGUGUGGCAGUCAUCCAGGAACUCUUCAACUUCUCCAGUUGCAAGGGCCAGAGAGACUGUGCCUUUGAUGGGAUCUACCAACCUCCAGUGCAGGGACAGUUCUACGCCUUUUCCAACUUUUACUACACCUUCAGCUUCCUGAACCUCACAUCCAGGCAGCCGCUGGGCACUGUCAACGCCACCAUCAGGGAGUUCUGCCAGAGGCCCUGGAAGCUGGUGGAGGCCAGUUACCCUGGGCAGGAGCGCUGGCUGCAGGACUAUUGUGCCUCAGGCCUCUACAUCCUCACACUGCUGCUCCAGGGCUAUGGCUUCAGUGAGGACACCUGGCCCAACAUCAAGUUCCAAAAGCAGGCCGGCGACAUGGAUAUUGGCUGGACGCUGGGUUAUAUGCUGAACCUGACGGGCAUGAUCCCAGCUGAGGCACCAGCUCAGUGGCGGGCACAGAGCUAUGGCAUCUGGGUGGCUGCAGUAGUGUUUGUGGUGCUGACCCUUGUGGCUAUUCUUGGGGCUGUGGCAGUCCAGCUCUUCUGGCGCCAGGACUAG